AUGGGUCUCUCUUCUUACCUGCGCAAGGUCUACGACCUCGACACCCUCGACACGCGAUUUAUCUCGUCGACAUCCGUUCCCUACCAGACCGUCAUCGAUGCUCGCGACGACCCGGCCGUCGAGAGAGAGGCUGCGGCCAGGGCCCGGAGCUCUGCACCGCCGCCGAAAUGGCGGACGCCCGAGUUCUUUCUCUACUACAUCGUCUUCAUCGUCGUCGUCCCGUAUAUGUUCUGGAUAGCAUAUGAUGUAUCAAGACCUUCUGAUCCUAGGUAUCCCAAAUAUGAGAAAUACUUGUCGGACGGAUGGAUCCCGGGGCGAAAAAUCGACAACUCCGACGACCAGUACCGCACGUUUCGAGACAACUUCCCCAUCAUGACGGGCCUCUUGAUAUUCCACCCACUGCUGCGAAAAGGAUGGGAAUCGGUGUACAAGCCGUCUGCGCGCGGCGCCAGAGGCUCGACGAGACUGGACCAGCGUGCGUCCUUCGAUUUCAUCUUUGCCAUCGUCUUCAUCGUCAUUCUGCAUGGCAUAUCGUCCUUCAAGAUCCUCGCCAUUCUCGCCAUCAACUACCAACUUGCGACCAAACUGCCUCGCAAGUACGUCCCCGCGGCGACUUGGAUAUUCAACAUCGGAACGCUGUUUGCCAAUGAGUUGACUAUGGGAUACCGGUUCCAGCUCUUGGCGAAUUGGGUCGGCCCUCCGUGGGGACCGCUGGCGCAUUGGGGAUAUUGGCUGGAUCGAUGGGGAGGAAUCUUGAGACGCUGGGACAUUCUGUUCAACAUUACCAUUCUGCGGCUCAUCAGCUUCAACUUGGACUACUACUGGAGCAUUGACAAGCGUAACUCGAACUCUCUAGAGAAGAAGGGAUUGGAUCCCGCCAGCCUUUCCGAGCGCGACCGAAUCUCGAUCCCUGCCGACAUCAGAGACUAUUCCUUUCGCAACUACGUGGCGUACGCAUUGUACGCGCCGCUGUAUAUUGCCGGUCCGAUCCUGACUUUCAACGACUACAUCUCGCAGUCCAAGUAUCGCGCCGCGAGCAUCGAAUGGCCUCGCACGAUUCGGUACGGCAUUCGGUUCCUGCUCGUCCUUCUCUCCAUGGAGCUCAUCCUGCACUACGACUAUGUCGGCGCAAUCAGCAAGGCGGCCCCUGUCUGGAGCGACUACACUGCCGCUCAGCUUAGUCUUCUGUCCUUCUUCAACCUUCACAUCAUCUGGCUGAAGCUGCUCCUUCCAUGGCGCAUGUUCCGCCUCUGGGCCUUGGUGGAUGGCAUUGACCCGCCAGAGAACAUGGUCCGAUGCGUGAGCAACAACUAUAGCACGCAGCUCUUCUGGCGCGCCUGGCAUCGUUCGUACAACCGCUGGCUCAUCCGGUACAUUUACAUCCCUCUGGGUGGCUCGUCCUUCCGCAGCUGGCAGUCGUCGGUCAAAUCGGUCGUCACGUAUCUGCUGGUCUUUACGUUUGUCGCACUUUGGCACGACAUCAAGCUCCGCCUGCUGAUCUGGGGCUGGCUCAUUGUCAUCUUCAUGGUGCCGGAGUGGACGGCCAGCUACUUGUUCCCCAAGAGGAAGUGGGAGAACCGGCCCACGGAGUAUCGCAUGCUCUGCUGCAUCGGAGCGGUGGGCAAUGUGCUGAUGAUGAUUUCCGCCAACCUGGUUGGCUUUGCGGUUGGUCUUGAUGGCUUACAGAGCAUUCUUAGCAGCAUUCUGCAUGAUUGGUCAGGUGUGUUCUUCAUCCUCACCGCGUCUGUUUGCUUGUUUGUGGGCGUCCAGGUCAUGUUUGAGAUUCGCGAAUCCGAGAAGCGCAAGGGUGUUUUGAUGAAAUGUUGA